AUCAUUUCUUCUCCUCUCUAGCUAGCUAUAUAUGUAGCUAUAUCAAAAAUGUCAUCACCAAAAUUCACAAAAAGAAAGCAAAAAUAAAUAGAGAGGAGACCAUAAUAUCAUCUUGUAUUCAUUAUAUGCUCACAAUCAUUACUCUUGGUUGCCUCAAACCCGCAUGCAAACCAUUUUUUUGUGCCCUUAUUCUCUCAAUUUCUUCUUCCUAACUUCUUGUCUUCCUGCCUCCCUUAUUCAUUCAUUCAUUAUUCUUCUUCUUCUUCUUCUUCUUCUUCUCUUUGAAUCAUUUUCCCUCCCUAUAAAUACUCAUUGUCCCUGUACCCAUUUUCUCACUCAAAAACUCUCUUACCAUUUCCACUCUUAUAGCACCAAAAAAAAAAAAAAAACCCACAAUUACUUCAUAUCUCUUUCUCAAACUCAUUCAACUUAAGUUGCAUUUCUUUUUACCAAAAAAAAAAAAAAAUUAUUGAUCACAAAGAAUGGCUAUGUCUGGAUUUGAAGGGUUUGAAAAAAGGCUGGAGCUCCAUUUCUCUGGGGAUGACCCGGUGGCGGGAGCGGGUAAUGGGCUUGGGCUUAGGCAACUGGACUUCGAGUCCAUUGAGGAAGUCUUACACGCGGUCCAAUGUACGGUGGUUUCGGCGGUCGGAAACCAGUUCUUCGAUUCCUACGUCUUGUCGGAAUCCAGCCUCUUCGUUUACCCAUUCAAGAUCAUCAUCAAAACCUGCGGGACGACCCAGCUGUUGAAAUCGAUCCACCCGUUAGUGAAUUUCGGGUCACAAAUCGGGUUGACCCUGAGCGCGUGUAAGUACACCCGGGGCAGCUUCAUUUUCCCCGGAUCCCAGCCUUACCCACACACCAGCUUCCAGGAUGAAGUGAUUUACCUGGAAGAGAAUAUUCCGGCGAAUCUCCGUUACCAGAAGGCUUCCGUCAUGCCGUCGAAGAUUCCGGCACAUUCCUGGCACGUGUUCUCCGCGUGCGACGCGGGUCACGUGAUGAAGGACCUGGAUUUCGUAUCCGACCCGGAUGAGGAUUUCUUCACGAUCGAGGUUUGUAUGACGGAGCUCGACCGGGUCCUCGCCCGGAAAUUUUUCCGGCGGUCGAACGACGGGAAAAAUGGGGAUUCCGCCGGGAGGGAGAUGACGGAGAUCACCGGAAUCGGGGACGUGAAUCCCAAUGCGGUUAUCUGUGAUUUCGCGUUCGACCCGUGUGGGUAUUCGAUGAACGGAAUCGAUAAUGAUCGGUAUUCGACCAUCCAUGUUACGCCGGAAGAUGGGUUUAGUUACGCCAGUUUCGAGUUUGUGGGUUCGGUUUACGACGAUCAGAAUGAGGUGGCGGAGGUUUUGAAGAAGGUGGUGCAGGUUUUCCGGCCGGGGAUGAUGUUGGUGUCCACGACGGUGAGCGGUUCCGGCGGCCGUCAUCAUCAUGAGGUUUGGUCGAGGAUUGCAAAGGCGGUGGAGCCGGUCGGAAUGAAAUGUAGAAGCUGCACCCUGGAUGAGUUUCCGGCAGCUGGGACCGUCGUGUUCCAGACAUUUACGCCUCGCCGGAAAUAGCCACGGCGGCGGUCGGUGGUGGUGCAAUGGUGCUAAUAUUUUUAAGUAGGUAAUGUGUAAGUGUUCAAAUUAAAAGGAGGGAAAAUUUAGUAGGAGGGGCUUUUUAGACUUUUUAGCCAGAUUUUGUUGUUUUUAUUUUUUCUUUUUUCUUUUGGGGGUUAAAUUAUUAGGGGAGUGGGUGAUUAUUCAUGGUUUAUGUCAUUGUGGGGGUAAAAUUAAUUUAAUGAUAAUCAAAUUUGGGGGGGUUUUGACUUCUCUCUCAUUGUAGAAAGAUAAUUUGUGGGGAUUUUUAAUUUAUGGAAACAAAUGAGGAUGAUCCAUGAAGAGUAAAAGGAUGGAAAAUGGGAUUGAUCAUGAUCAUGCACCCCACUAUUUCUUUGUCACGCCUAGACAAAAAAAUUUUGAGGUAUACCAAAAUUUUAUGUAGUGGGGGGUUUGAUAUGAACAAGUUGCUCAUUUUCUACCAUCCUUUAUUUUUUUCAUCUCUAAUCAAAGUUUUUAAUCGUA